CUUUUUCCCUGAAGCCAAGACUCCGGCUGGGUGUCACCCCAAGGGUCUGCAUCAGCACUGGAUCGCAAAGCGGUCAAGGGAAGAGAGGGAAAUCUUUGAACACCGCUCUCGGCCGGCCCUCAUAGCACGAAUGAGAGCCAAAGAGGUCACACGUGGAAUUGCCCGUGGAGCGGAUUCCCGCCUUUGGCGUCUCGCGGAAGGGGGAUAUGGGAGGGGGCGGUGGAAGAGAGGAGGCCGGACGAGUCCGCCACGCUCCGACUCUGCACAGGUUUAAACUGGCCCAUUCGCUCCACGGUAUUGGUUUCAAGUCGACCCCGUAAAAUCGGAGGACCCAGGGCCGGAGGAACAAGAGGAACUACAUUUCCCAGCAAGCCGAAGGCGCCCGGCGCCGGCCAUGCUUUCCGGCGCGUGUGGAGCCGUGGCUGGCAUCCGGUGUGCAGGCGGACUCAUGGAUCCCGGCGGCCGGUGGCGGCACCUACCCAGCGGGCCCAGCCUAAAGCACUUGACCGACCCCUCUUACGGGGUCCCGCGGGAGCAGCAAAAGCCAGCGUUGCAGGAGCUGACGCGGGCGCAUGUCGAGUCCUUCAACUACGCUGUGCGCGAGGGGCUCAGCCACGCGGUGCAGGCCAUCCCUCCCUUUGAAUUUGCUUUCAAAGAUGAGCGGAUCUCUCUUACUAUUGUGGAUGCUGUCAUCAGUCCACCCACAGUUCCAAAAGGGAGCAUCUGUAAAGAGCUCAAUGUUUAUCCAGCAGAAUGCCGGGGCCGAAGGAGCACCUACCGGGGAAAGCUGACAGCUGAUAUCAGCUGGGCAGUGAAUGGAAUCUCAAAAGGAAUCAUUAAACAGUUUCUUGGCUAUGUUCCCAUCAUGGUGAAAUCCAAGCUUUGCAACUUAUACAACCUUCCUCCAAAAGCCCUCAUCCAGCACCACGAGGAAGCAGAGGAAAUGGGAGGCUAUUUUAUAAUCAAUGGCAUCGAAAAAGUCAUCCGAAUGUUGAUUAUGCCUCGCAGAAAUUUCCCCAUCGCAAUGGUAAGACCAAAAUGGAAAAGCAGAGGGCCUGGCUAUACUCAGUAUGGAGUUUCAAUGCACUGUGUGAGGGAAGAACAUUCUGCGGUCAAUAUGAACCUUCACUACUUGGAAAAUGGCACGGUUAUGUUGAACUUUAUUUACCGGAAAGAACUGUUUUUUUUUCCUUUGGGAUUUGCACUUAAGGCACUUGUCAGCUUUUCCGAUUAUCAGAUUUUUCAGGAGCUCAUCAAAGGAAAGGAAGAUGACUCUUUCUUUAGGAACUCUGUUUCUCAGAUGUUAAGGAUUGUAAUGGAAGAGGGAUGUUCCACACAAAAACAGGUCCUUAGCUAUCUGGGUGAACGCUUCAGAGUAAAACUCAGUCUUCCUGACUGGUACUCAAAUGAACACGCUGCAGAGUUUCUCUUCAACCAGUGCAUCUGUAUCCACUUGAAAUCCAACACUGAAAAGUUUUAUGUGCUUUGUCUCAUGACCCGGAAGCUCUUUGCUUUAGCCAAAGGAGAGUGCAUGGAGGAGAAUCCUGACAGUUUAGUGAAUCAAGAGGUCCUGACCCCUGGGCAGCUCUUCCUCAUGUUUCUGAAGGAAAAACUGGAAGCAUGGUUAGCAUCUAUUAAAAUAGCUAUAGACAAGAAGUCUCAGAAGACCAAUGUGUCCUUAAACACGGAAAAUUUGAUGAAGAUUUUUACUCUGGGAACAGACCUGACAAAACCAUUCGAAUAUCUUCUUGCUACUGGGAAUCUACGUUCUAAAACAGGUCUUGGCUUCCUGCAAGAUUCUGGACUGUGUGUUGUGGCUGACAAGCUGAACUUCAUACGCUAUCUCUCCCAUUUCCGCUGUGUGCACAGAGGGGCAGACUUUGCCAAGAUGCGGACCACCACAGUACGCAGGCUGCUGCCGGAGUCCUGGGGCUUCCUUUGCCCCGUGCACACCCCCGACGGGGAGCCCUGUGGUCUGAUGAACCACUUAACCGCCAUAUGUGAGGUCGUCACACAGUUUGUGUAUACAGCAUCUAUUCCAGCUUUGCUCUGCAGCUUGGGUGUCACUCCAGUUGAUGGAGCUCCACAUCGGCCGUACGGCGAGUGCUACCCUGUCCUGCUGGACGGUGUCAUGGUUGGCUGGGUGGAAAAGGAGCUUGCACCUGGCAUUGCCGAUUCUCUCCGACAUUUUAAGGUUUUGAGAGAAAAAAGAAUUCCUCCCUGGAUGGAGGUGGUCCUGAUCCCCAUGACAGGAAAACCAAGUCUGUACCCGGGAUUGUACCUCUUUACCACUCCUUGUAGACUGGUGCGGCCUGUGCAGAACUUGGAAUUGGGCAAAGAAGAACUAAUUGGAACUAUGGAACAGAUCUUCAUGAACGUUGCUAUCUUUGAGGAUGAGGUUUUGGCUGGCGUUACCACCCACCAGGAGCUCUUCCCUCACAGCCUGCUGAGUGUGAUCGCCAACUUCAUCCCUUUCUCUGAUCACAACCAGAGUCCGAGAAACAUGUACCAGUGCCAGAUGGGUAAGCAGACUAUGGGCUUUCCACUCCUCACUUUUCAAGACCGGUCAGAUAAUAAACUGUAUCGUCUUCAGACUCCACAAAGCCCUUUAGUGAGACCAUACAUGUAUGAUUAUUAUGACAUGGAUAACUAUCCAAUUGGGACAAAUGCCAUUGUUGCUGUUAUUUCUUACACUGGCUAUGAUAUGGAAGAUGCCAUGAUUGUGAAUAAGGCCUCGUGGGAACGAGGCUUUGCCCAUGGAAGUGUCUACAAGUCCGAGUGUAUAGAUCUGUCUGAAAAAAUCAAACAAGGAGAUGAUAGUCUGGUGUUUGGAGUCAAACCUGGUGACCCACGGAUUCUGCAGAAGUUGGAUGAUGACGGAUUGCCAUUUAUUGGAGCACAACUGCAGUAUGGAGAUCCAUAUUACAGCUACCUAAACCUCAACACCGGGGAAAGCUUUGUGAUGUACUAUAAGAGUAAAGAAAAUUGUAUCGUGGAUAACAUCAAAGUGUGCAGUAAUGACACUGGAAAUGGCAAAUUCAAGUGUGUUUGCAUCACAAUGAGAGUCCCUCGGAACCCAACUAUCGGGGAUAAAUUUGCCAGUCGUCAUGGGCAGAAGGGCAUCUUGAGCAGACUGUGGCCAGUUGAGGACAUGCCAUUCACUGAGAGCGGGAUGGUUCCGGACAUUCUGUUCAAUCCUCACGGUUUUCCAUCCCGUAUGACCAUCGGUAUGCUGAUUGAGAGUAUGGCAGGCAAGUCUGCAGCUUUACAUGGUCUCUGCCAUGAUGCUACACCCUUCAUCUUCUCAGAGGAGAACUCGGCCCUGGAAUACUUUGGUGAGAUGUUGAAGGCUGCUGGCUACAACUACUACGGCACCGAGAGGUUGUAUAGUGGCAUCAGUGGGCUAGAGCUGGAUGCAGACAUCUUCAUAGGUGUGGUUUAUUACCAACGCUUACGUCACAUGGUCUCAGACAAAUUCCAAGUUAGGACAACAGGAGCCAGAGACAAAGUCACUAACCAGCCUAUUGGGGGAAGAAACGUCCAGGGUGGAAUCCGUUUUGGGGAGAUGGAGCGGGAUGCUCUUUUAGCUCAUGGUACAUCUUUUCUCCUUCACGACCGGCUCUUCAACUGCUCGGAUCGGUCUGUAGCCCACGUGUGUGUGAAGUGUGGUAGUUUGCUCUCCCCGCUGUUGGAGAAGCCUCCCCCAUCGUGGUCCGCCAUGCGCAACAGGAAGUACAACUGUACUCUGUGUAAUCGCAGUGACACCAUCGACACUGUUUCUGUGCCUUACGUCUUUCGCUAUUUUGUAGCUGAACUGGCAGCUAUGAACAUCAAAGUGAAACUGGAUAUCGUUUAAUUUGACCCCGGCCUUUUGGGUCAAGAUUGCUAUCAGAUUAAAAGAAAAUGUAACUUUAGUUCAUUGAAGCCGUUAAUAGUUACUCUGGAGUUUUUCAAGGUUAAGAGUUCUCAACCAAGACCUGGCAACUAAGAAUGCAGAGUUUCUGAGUUGCUCUGGUAUAAUAACUACUGAAGAUGAUUUUCAGUAUAUUUGUGGUUCUUUAAAAAUGAUUGAUACACUGAUAAAUAGAAGGAUAUUCAGGGAAGUCUUUCCACCCCCAGGUUUUUCAUAUCCCGCUUUCAGCAGGCAGUAACUGUCAAACAUUUAUUUGUCCAUGUAGAGCAGAGCAGUCAAAUAUAAACAAACAAUGUAAGCCAUAUAUAUGUAAUUUUGUAUUUUCUUAAAGUAAAAACAAAGGUAAAAAAAUGUUUAACAGCUUUUUUGAAGUAUAAUGGUUAUACCAAAAAAUGCACAGAUUUAAUGUAUAUAAUUUGGUGCGUUUGAACAUAUGCACACACUUGUGGAUGAUCACCACAAUCAUGGUAAUAAAUGUCACCCCCCAAAGUUUCCUUGUGCUCCUCUGGGUUGUUGUUUUUGUUGUUUCUUGGUGUUUUUAUGGUAAGAACACUGAACUUGAUAUCUACCCUGUGGACUGUGGAUAGAACACAGAUGAAUAUAUCGCCCCAUAAAAAGUUGUUCAAAAGAUUGAUAUGUGUCUCUAGAAACUGGGUCUUGGUAUAACAAAAAAUAAUGUAUUUAUUGAAGGAAAGAGCGAUAAAACUAAAUGGUAUGUGUAACAUGUCUAUGAGGGAAUGGCUGCUAAAACAGAAAAAUACAACUCGACUGAAUUCUAUAUGUGACUAGAACAAAAAUGUAUAUCUAAAAAGAGCUAUACUCAACAUGGAAUGAUAUGAAGUAUAUCUAUGAAUGGACAGUUUGUAUAAAACAAAAUUAUCUACUCAAAGGAAAUACCUGAACAUAAGAAUGAAUGGUAUUUUUUAGAAUAAACUAUUGUAGAAUGGGAAAAACUAUACACACAACUAUAUGCUGUGUAUCUCUAUGAAUGGAAUGUUGGCAGAACAAUAAUAUAUUAACAUAAGACAUUUCCAUAUACAUAAUUGAAUUAUACUUUUAUAUCUCCCUGAAUGAAGAGUUUAUGAAUCUAAAUGACUGUUACCUACUGAAAGGACGAUUUAUACACAAAAGAGAAUGAUGCAAAAUAUAUCUAUACAUGGAAUGUCGGUAGAAAACAAACAAAAGAAGGUGUCUACAGAAAGAAAACACCUAUAUACAAUGCAUAUUGUGGGUCCCUGGAAUAAAAUGUGGUUAGCAUGGAAAGGAAUAUAUCUACUCAAAGAAAAGUGGUGUACACAACACUGAAUGAUAGCUUACCUCUGAGUUGAAUGUUGGUUUAACAACGAGUGUAUCUAAUGAGAAUGAGUGAUGUGUUUUUAUCUAUAAAUGGAGUGUUGGUGAACCCAAAUGAAUGUAUUUACUCAGGUAAGAAUGGUAUAUACAAGAUCUGUGUGUGUGCGUGAAAUUCAUAUGUGUAAAUAUAUAUAGGUAUAUUAUCUCAAUAAAUGAAUAGAACAAGCAAAAAAUCUACUUAAAGGAAAAAUAAAAGAUUGAAUUAAUAUGUUAUGCAACUCUGAAAAGCGGAGAAAAAUAUCUUCAGUGGGAAGAUAGAGCUAAACGUAAAACUGAGUAAGUUACUUAUAACCGUGAAUGAAGAGUUGCAUAAUUAAAGAAUUUAUUAUGAGUACCUUAAAUGAAAGAAGGAAAUACACAGUUGAAUGACAGAGUUUGGUUCCUGGCAGUACCCAUCCCUGGGUCCUGCCAGAAGUCAGGCCUCCAGGCCCAGCCCUCUUGGAGACAAAGAAAUCUACGGGGUAGAUUCACAGCACUCAAUCCCUCUGGCAGUCGAGAUCACGGGCCCAGCCGCUCCGCAGCAUGUGGGAUCUUCCCGGACCGGGGCACGAACCCGCGUCCCCCGCAUCGGCAGGCAGACUCAACCACUGCGCCACCAGGGAAGCCCACGAGCUUUCUUUUAUCUACGUUCCUAAUUAGAGGCCACUUGUGACUCCUUCCCAUCUGCCUUGUGGUAAAAGAGGCCAUAUCACAGGAUUGCAGUGAUGUGUCUACUAGCCGAGGAGGUCCAAGGACUGCUGGCAACCACCAGAAGCUGGAAACGGGCCUGGAACAGAUUCUCCCAGUCUCCCGAACGAAUCAACCUGCCAGCACCUUGAUUCUGGACUUCUGGCCUGAACCGUGAGAGAACACAUUUCUGCCUACCUAGUUGGUGGUAGACUGUUCAACAACCUCAGGAAACUUACACAGCCGAAGCUCAGUGCCUGGUGGGGCACACCGUUGAAUAGCAUGGGCUCUAAAUGUGAAAUUUAGGUACCUCCAUUGGGAUCAGUGAGGGGGAGGUGAAGGGGCCCAGACUGCCUGUCGGAGAACCAAACCACCUAAUUAACCCUUCCCAUGCUUCCUUUUUCCUUCCCAAGAGGUGCCAAGUACUGUUUGAAACAUCAAAUGUACUUUAAAGGUAAAGCAGAGGGAAUUCCCUGGUGGUCCAGUGGUUAGGACUCUGCACUUUCACCAGCAAGGGGCCAGGUUCAAUCCCUGGUUAGGGAACUAAGAUCUCGCAAGCCUUGCAGCACGGCCAAAAAAAAAAGAAAGAAAAAAAGGGCGGGGGGGCAAUGCCCUGCAUCUGUGACCAGUUUCUGUGCACCUCCUUUGGCCUCCUUUUGGCCCACAGCUCUGGAGGACCUGGAAGGAGUUGGGCGCUGGGACCCACUCAUCAGCUGCAGCUUGUGAAACUGCACCUCUUCUAAGCCUCGCACACCCCGUGAACCUGCAGCGGGUAAGGAAGGCUCGGGCAGUGCUGAGGAGGGGGCCAGGCCCACGAGAGCCCCAGCAGCUCCCAGCCCAGUGCACGAGGAAAGGAGUUGCCCUGGGUGGGCGGCCAAGGUCUUGUCUAAGACAGGUCCCCAGGAGGGAGCUGCUCCGCUGCUCCCGGGGGCAGAAGAGUCUGAGUCCGACCUCAGGAGGGCACCGCGUCCUCCUCUCACCUGCAGCAUGCCUGCCAUCACUCAGGAAGGCUGUUUCUGUAGCUUCUCUAGGACACAGCCACAGCUUCCACCUCUUCCCCCAAACCUCCCCUGCCCAGCACCUUAAUACAGGCCUGAGAGGACGGCAGGAACCUGCAGGUAUACCCUCCUCCAGGCCUCCCGGCCCUGCCUAGACUGGCAAACGGCUGGAAUCCAGAAGCUGGAGUCGAGGAUGGAAUUUUUUUUUUUUUGUCUGCGGUGGCUCUUCAUUGUGGCACGCGGGAUCUUUUUGUUGUGGCACUCGGGCUUCUCUCUUGUUGUGGCGCACGGGCUCCAGGGUGCGUAGGCUCUAUGGUCUGCGGCACGCGGGCUCUAGUUGACGUGUGUGGGCUCAGCAGUUGCGGCGCGCAGGCUUAGUUGCCCCGUGGCAUGUGGGAUCUUAGUUCCCUGACCAGGAAUCGAACCCAUGUCCCCUGCAUUGGAAGGUGGAUUCUUUACGGAUGGGCCACCAGGGAAGUCCCCACUGAGGAUGGAAUUUAUCACGGUUCUGAUUUUUAAACUAAAGGGCCUGCGAUGGAGAAAAGGGCAAGGGACCCCCUCAGAGUAUGUGGUUUCCUCUAACAAUUUCCUGUGCCACUCUUCCCACAGGAGGGGAGGCCCUGAAGUUCCAGGUCACUGAGAAAAGGUGGAAGGUGGCUGGCAGGGUGUAUCCGCUCACCACUGUCCUCACACCGGGAGACUUUACAUGUGCGCGGCUCUCAGGAUUAGCCUCCCCUCCAACAUGCCCCACAACCUAAGAUCAGCAGUGCGGAGCUUCCAGAACAGUCAGAAGGAAGCCAAGGGUUGAGGGUGGUGGGUGAAGCCACCCGAGAGGAGAGGAGCCCGUGGGACCAAGAGACCCUCUCCUGGUCUACAGAGCCUUCUCGUAACACCCUGUCAGGAAGCCACCUGUACGCCCAGGCACCGUCACAGGCUGCCUCACAGCCCCUUCAAGGGAUCGAGGGUCAGCACUCACUUUGCUGCCAGGUCGGAGAUCAUCUGGUCAAAGUCAUGUCUCUGCUGCCAUCCGUGACGGCCCUCAGUCUGGCCAGGGAUCGAAGCCCCGAACUAAAACUCUCUCCGGGUCAGUCUACAAGUGCAUCCUCCCAUCACACAACCCUGCCCCUCACCAACUCUGACACGCCGUCCCUGGAAGGCGCUAUGCUCGGUGAAAUAAGCUAGACACAGGAAGACAGACACUGCAUGACCUACUUGAUAUGUGGAAUCUAAACAAGUCAAACUUCCCUGGUGGCGCAGUGGUUAGGAAUCCGCCUGCCAAUGCAGGGGACGUGGGUUCAAGCACUGGUCCUGGAGGAUCCCACAUGCCGCGGAGCAACUAAGCCCGCGCGCCACAACUGCUGAAGCCCGUGUGCCCAGAGCCCGUGCUCCACAAGAGAAGCCACUGCAGUGAGAGGCCCGCGCACCGCAAUGAAGAGUGGCCCCCACUCGCUUCAACUAAAGAAAGCUGGCGUGCAGCAACAAAGACCCAAUGCAGCCAAAAAUAAAUGAAUAAAUUAAUAAAAACAAACAGGCGGGAACUCCAAGAUGGCGGAAGAGUAAGACGCGGAGAUCACCUUCCUCCCCACAGAUACAUCAGAAAUACAUCUACACGUGGAACUUCUCCUAUA